AUGAAGACCCCUAGUAGCGAGGGAAAACAGAUUUCGGACGCUGUAAGACAGGCUUCGGCGAGAAGAAGUUCACCAGGAGAGGGUCAAAAGAGGUAUCCUACAGCAACUCAUCUCGAGAAAAAGCGAAUACAAGAGAGUCCAACAAACUCCGUAGAACUGGAACAGCAGAAUCUACAGAAUGCGAAGGAGCAAGUAUGCAACAUCAUUAAAGGAAAGGAUUAUGAGUCAAGCGGAGAGAAAGUUAAUGCACUUGACAAGAAGGAGAGACUGUCAAAUGAACGUAUCAUGAAAACGACUCCGGUUAGAAGCAAUGAAGACAAACAAAAAAUUCUUCUACGACGACGAGCUGGAAACGAUGACGAAAGACUAAAGUCACUGGAGGUAAGCGCCUAA